GAAUGCGGGCACACUCGGUCGUAAAACGUGAAACAGACAACAACAGAUUUAAUUACAAUAAUCACAAACAAACAUUCGCAAUAAAUAGCUGACUCUCCAAAAAUAAAUAAUUAAUUGCGCGGAAACCCCUGCAAACAAGUGAAACAACAAAAUGAGUAUGAGCGACGACGACCGUGAUAUUGAUAUCGAAAGUGACGACGAUGGGGAUUCGGACAAUGGUUUGGGAUCCUCACGACACACGAGCACUGCGAAUUUCACACAGGCCGAAAAGCGAGCGCAUCACAACGCCUUGGAACGAAGGCGACGGGAUCACAUCAAGGAAAGCUUCACCAACCUGCGAGAGGCGGUACCCACUCUCAAGGGCGAGAAGGCGAGUCGAGCCCAGAUCCUGAAAAAGACCACCGAAUGCAUACAGACAAUGAGGCGGAAGAUCAGUGAUAACCAGAAGGAUAUAGAGGAGAUCAAAAAGCAAAAUAUUAUUUUAGAUCAGCAAAUUCGAGCGUUGGAGAGUCCGAAUGGCGAUCAAUAUGCCGAAUUUCUCAGCGAGGAUGAAUUGGGCAGCGAGGAGGCCGACGAGGAUGACCUCGAGCCAGAUUUCAGCAGACGUAAUAAAAAGAUGAAGACCUUCCACGCAUAGCCGCUUGGCCAGUCCAAAAUGCGGUAUACAGGCACGUUCCGGUUUUCGCUUUCGCCAAUCUUGUGAAUAUUUUCGUCGAUUUAAGUUUACUUUUCUUAGAGUUGUGUUACCCAAAAGCAAUAGACCUCCAAAGUUGUGAAGGAAUUGGUUCCAAAUUCAAAUCAAUUUAAACUCGAUCAAAUUACUUGAAAAUGAAAACUGUAACAAGUCCGAUAAUCAUAAUCAUCAUUAGUUGUAAGUCCAUACUGUAACCCACCCACUCGACCUUAAUUUGUAUGCGUGUGUCUCUUUUUGUACUUUGAGCAAAUAGUUACUCUCUGCGCUAAUUAAUAAAAAAGUAAGUAAAAAGUA